UUAGUUUCUCCCUAUCCACAUUCUUCAGCGCAGGCACCAUGGCAGCCUCGUCAGCUUUGUUCACCCCCGUCUUCUCCACCGUCCAAAACAAGCACGGCGUCGGCAGCCACCAGUUCGCCCCCUCCACCAUCUCGUUCCAAGGCCUCCGACCCCUCAGCAAGGCCAAGUCCUCAUCCAAGCCCACAUCCAUCGCAACAGCAAGUGCCAGGUUUGCCAUCAAAGCAGAGCUGAAUGCCCCAGUUGUGAUAAGCAUCAGCACCGCACUCUCCCUCUUCUUGGGUAGGUUUGUGUUCUUCAACUUCCAAAGGGAAAACGUUGCCAAGCAAGUGCCUGAGCAGAAUGGGUUGACUCACUUCGAGGCUGGAGACACGCGAGCCAAGGAGUAUGUUAGCCUUCUCAAGUCCAACGAUCCUGUGGGAUUCAACAUCGUCGAUGUUCUUACUUGGGGAUCCAUUGGCCAUAUUGUUGCUUACUACAUCUUGGCCACCUCAAGCAACGGCUACAAUCCCAACUUCUUCUGAUCAUGAUCCUGUGCCUCCUCUUCUUAAUCAUGCUUUGUUCUAUUACUGGGGGGAUCUCUUGUCUUCUUUAAAA